AUGGCCUCAUCUUUUAUUCCUUAUGUUCACCAGACUGCAGGUCAUGAAGGAGUUUUGUCUGAUAAAUCUGGGAUUAUUAUAUGUAAACCCUGUAUACCAGCAGAAGUUGCAUUUUAUACAAUGGCGCAAGCUUUUCCAGCGUUCCAACGUUGGAUGCCUACAUAUAUGGGAAAUUUGACGCUUCAAUCAUCAUCAGAAUCGGCAAAUAAGUCAUCACUAGGAUCGGAUGCAAUUGUUCUUGAAAAUUUAUGUUAUCCAUUUGUUCGACCAUGUACGAUUGAUGUAAAGCUUGGUUCAAGGCUUUGGGAUGAUGAUGUAUCACCUGAAAAGCGAAAACGACUUGAAGAAGUAUCUAAACAUACAACAAGUGGCUGUCUUGGAUUUCGUGUGUCAGCAAUGAGGAUAUGGAAUGUAAAUGAAGCAACGUAUCAGUCAUAUUCGAAGGAAUGGGGUAAAUCGUUGACAGCAUCGACAAUAUCAGAGGGUUUAAAUAAAUUUUUAUCGGCUGUAGAGGCGAAAGAACAACGGUUAAGAAUAGUUUCUGAAUGGAUUAAUAGUUUAACACAAAUUCAAGAAGUUUUGAGUAAAGUUGAGGUUCGAAUGUAUUCUUCGAGUUUAUUGUUUAUAUAUGAAGGGGAUCCGGAAGUAUUAAUGCAAAGAAUUAAACAAUUGGACGUUGCAAAACAAAAUAUUGAGGAAUUGGAUAUUGAAACUCAAUCUAGUAAUAACAGUACUGAUAGUAUAAAUAGUGAAAAAAAUUGCAAUAUUCCCCAUAUUUCGGUUUGUCGAUUAAUUGAUUUUGCACAUGCACAUUGGGUUGUUGGUCAAGGUUCAGAUGAAAAUGUUUUACAUGGUAUUGCCUCUCUUAAAACAAUUUUAAUGAAGAUUUCAAGUGAAUAUUCUUGA